AUGUCAACUUCGACGAGUCCACCUUUGGACUUCAACUGCCGAUCACCGAUGAAGAUGUCGAUGACCUGGACUUCGAAUUGCUGGAUCUUGAUGACGAAGAGCUGCGUCAAAUGGGAGUACAAGCAAACAGGCAAGCGCAAGAACCGACUCAAUGAUGAAGAUACAGCAGCUCCACGACCGCGUGCAGUGCGUCAACGACCAGGACUAGAAGAGUCAAGCGCGCCGGAAAACAACUCGUCACGCCAAGAAGAAGACGAAGAAACAGAAGGAUUCUGGUGA